AUGAAAGAAAUCAACGUAAAACUUCAAGGAAAUAAAAUGAACUUUAUCAAGGCUAAGGGAAUCAUAUCAUCAUUCAUCGCCAAGUUUGAUAUUUACAAAUCAAACAUUGGUCGCAUAGAGCUAAUGCAACUUCCAACUCUUAAAAAGUGUUCAAUGGCAGAUAUCGAGAUUCUCGAGAAAAAAAAAAUCGUAAUUUUUACUGAUCACCUUGAUCAGUUAUGGAAUCAAGAUUUAAAGAAAUUAGAAAUUUCAGAUUGGAUUUUCGAUCCUUUCUCUUUUGAAGUUGUGGAUAAGCUCACUUCCUCUACUGAGAUUUUAGAUUUGAAGUAUGACUGUGAGGUUAAAGUCGUCUUUAAAAAAUAUGGUUACAAGUUAGCUUGGGUAAAGCUUAUGGAUACUUACCCACAAUUGUGGAAACAAACUGAGUCGCUUCUUAUCUCGUUCCCGUCAACAUAUUUAGUAGAGACAGGAUUUAGUUCUGCCUUCCAGCUGCUCACAAUGCAAAGAGAAAGGUUGGACAUUUGCUUCAAAGGAGACCCGCGUUUAAAUCUGAGGAGCAUAAAACCUGACACUCAAGCUUUAACUUGA